UGGGCACUGCUUUGAUUGCUCGCAGCAGGAUGCUGUGCCCAGGAACGGCACGGGGCAGGAGGGUUUGGAGCAGUCCUUGGAGUACAGAAGCGGUCGUAGCCAGGUCAGCUUCCUUGUGGAAAGCAGGAGCGACGGGGCACCGAGGCAGAGUUUGGCCGAGAUUGACAUGGCAAUGCGUCGCGGUGCAGAGAACGAUGCAGCUGAGGUCCCCCAGAGGCGACCGCGACUGCCGGACGCUUUCCAGCAGGAGGAAAGGGAGACGCUCAGGAAAUACGAGAAGAUGGAGGAGAGGGUCAGAAAAAUCCUGACCGCCUCGUGCGAGAAGAUAUCCCACCUCUUUCAUCUGAAGGACAUGCCCGAGCACCUGGCUUAUCUCCGGGACCGCAUCACGACCCUCAGCUCCAAGCUUAACUUCGAGCCCAUCUACAUCGGGCUCUUCGGGAGCAGCGGCGCGGGGAAGAGCACCCUGCUCAACACCAUCCUCCACAAGCGCUUCUUCCUCCCGGUGUCAGGGACACGCGCCUGCACCUCCUGCCAGGUUCAGAUCAGCACCUGCGGCAGCAGAGAGUACAGAGCCAAGAUUUUUCUCCUCUCCAACGAGGAGUGGAUGGACGAGGUGAGGAGCCUGCUGGCAUUCCUGGAGACGGACAAGGAGGCUGAUGAGAAUGACAGCGACAAAGAUCACGCCGUUCGAGCGCUGCAGGCUGUCUACGGGGAAGGAGCGGAGAACAGGACUUACGAUGAGCUGGUGAAAGCCAAGCCUGCCAUCACUAUUCCCACUCCAGAGUUAUUGAUCUGA